GCACUACGUCCACAGACGUCUGGUUUUCUUGACGUCAGGAGGAGAAGUCUGAGCGCACCCAGCGCUGCGCACAAGCACAGCAACCACAUCGCUCCCAGAGGGAAGAAGAACACAUCACAGCUACAGAUCGCCAUUUAGCUGUAGUGUGGCGAAUCAUAUCAGCAUUGUACAAUGCCUCUUGGAGAGGAUGGAAAUGGAUGGAAAAAGAAGACAACAGACAUCAAAGAACAUUAUGACUUCAAAGAAGUGCUGGGAACGGGAGCUUUCUCAGAGGUGGUUCUAGCAGAGGAGAAGAGGACCCAGAGGCUGGUGGCAAUCAAGUGCAUCCCCAAAAAAGCAUUGGAAGGCAAAGAGAACAACAUUGAAAAUGAGAUCGCUGUACUACACAGAAUCAAGCACCCCAACAUUGUUACGCUGGAGGACAUUUUUGAAAGUACAUCCCAUCUAUAUCUUGUCAUGCAACUGGUGUCCGGAGGGGAGUUGUUUGACAGGAUUGUGGAGAAAGGUUUCUACACAGAGAGAGAUGCCAGCCAACUCAUCCACCAGAUCCUGGAUGCAGUCAAAUACCUCCAUGAUAUGGGGAUCGUCCAUAGAGACUUGAAGCCAGAGAAUUUGCUGUAUUACAGUAUGGAAGAAGAGUCCAAAAUUAUGAUCAGUGACUUUGGACUGUCAAAGAUUGAGGGGUCAGGCAGUGUCAUGUCCACAGCCUGCGGUACUCCUGGAUAUGUGGCUCCUGAGGUGCUCGCUCAGAAGCCGUAUAGCAAAGCAGUGGACUGCUGGUCCAUAGGAGUCAUUUCUUAUAUUCUGUUAUGUGGCUAUCCUCCGUUUUAUGAUGAAAAUGAUGCCAAGUUAUUUGAGCAGAUUCUGAAAGCAGAGUAUGAAUUUGACUCUCCAUACUGGGAUGACAUCUCAGAUUCAGCCAAAGACUUCAUCUGUCACCUGAUGGAAAAAGACUCUUUGAAGAGAUAUACGUGUGAGCAGGCCCUCCAGCAUCCAUGGAUCUGUGGAGAUACAGCUCUGGACAAGAAUAUCCACGAAUCUGUCAGCGCUCAAAUCAAGAAGAACUUUGCCAAAAGUAAAUGGAAGCAAGCAUUUAAUGCCACAGCAGUGGUGCGCCACAUGCGGAAGCUGCAGCUGGGCACUAGUCUCGAGGGACCCAGUCAGAUUACUCCCACCAGUCCCUGCCAUGGACAUCUGCUCCCAGAGGAAGAGGAGGAGGAGGAGGAAGAUGAUUUGGGAAAUGGGGAGGAGGAGAGCUUGUCCCACUACGAGGAUGGCCGUCGCGGAAGCGCUGAGGGCAGCACAGAUCGGGACAGCCUGAGAAGCUGCACCUACUGCUGCAGGCCAGCCAGUCGCGUCUGAGCACAAACUCCCCAUGUCAUGGUGACAUUGUAUCCCUGGAGCGUCCAGAGCCCGCCCGCCCAGUCUGGCCAGGAAUGCAGAGUAGUUAUCAGGCAGUGUCCACCAGGGUACAUCUACAGCAAGCAGGUCACUGUCACAGUGAAGAGAAGCACACUGUAAGUCUUUGUCCCAAAAAAAAUCACAUCCUGACUCAAGAUAAAUAUGUUAUAACUUUUUUGCAGAACAGAAUGCACGGCUGCUCCGACAGCGAUCUAUAGAAAGGGCCUGUCUGCAUGAUUAUCCUGAAAUAAAUCUCCUAGCAACCUAACAUGUAGUUGGCCUUUGUGCAGCUAUAGCAGACAGUGGUAAUUUGCAGUGCGUGCAUAACAAGAAGUGGUUCUGGAUGUUAGCUUCAGGAAGGAUCCAAGCUUCUGGAGUCUUAAUCAAAGAUGGGGCAGUGGCCGAAAGGCAGUCUUCUCCAUUGUUUUUGUUCUCACAUGAUCUGUCACAUCUACCUCUAACCGCGAUUACUGUCUGUCUACAUGCACCUGCUCAAAACACUCUACAUUACUGUCAGCUUUCUCCAAACAUCUGGCCAGACAGGGCACAAAGAAAAGGGGAACGCUUUCUAAAAGGGAAACAGUACUGAAAGCUACUCCUGCAUGUCUUUAUACUCUUUACCUGUCAAUGUGACUCAGUCCAGUCACUGACCAAGUAGCUGUUUAGUUGAAUAGAGGCAUGUCUUCACUGCCGAUGCCACCUGCCCAUUUGAUCACACUGUCUUUUUUCUCAUAUUAAGUGUUUUUGUCCUUUUAUAAGUAUUUACUAGUUUUGUUUAAAGCCUUUUUGGAUGGUGGAGGGUGAUUCUGGGUGUUAUGGACUCUAUAUACUAUAUUCUGGCUCAGACUGGGCUUGUGAAGAAUGGUUCUGACCCGGAGUGUCUGCAUGCUUCUGUUGGGGAAAACAUUGAAACGUAUGAAUAUCAAAAGGACUUUUUUUUGUUUUUGUUUUAUGGCUGUUCUGUUAUCAGAGGCUCAAACUGAGAUCCCCCGCAAGUCCCUAAAUCACAGGAAUCUGACCAUCUGCCAUGGGCUCUAGGAGGAGUUAUUUUGAAGGUGCAAUUAUGUUGAGAAUCCUCUAAAUUCAUGGGUAGAAAACGAUUAUAGUCAUAUGAUGCUCAUCCUCCCUCUUCUGUUUCUGGCAAGCAUCUCAAUAUCCGCCUGCUGUCAGUCUCUGGGCCUCUGGGAGGGAUCUCAGUCUGGGCGCUGCGCCUGCUCUGUGCUGUGCACCUCUAGUGGAAGAAGUUUUGGUCUACUGUUUGCAUGACCUGGUUAAAUAUGUUUACAUGAAUGAUGAUCAAUUAGUAUAAACACACAUGAUUAUUAUUACUCUGUUGUAUUAAAAAAUGAUGUAAUACUGUAAUUUUGAGCUAUAUAAUGUGAAGUGAGUAACACCAGAAGUAAUGUUGUUGACAAAGUACAACACAGCACAGUGGACUUAACAUUUGCAUUGACUGUCUUGGUCAAGUCUCUACCUGAGUGACAUUUCUCCUGUACUAUUUAUUUACUCAUCUCGAAUUUUAUUUUUGUUAGUCUGUUUUCUUGCCGUUGCUUAUGUAGAACCUCUUAAACUAUUUAUCCCUGUGUGAUAGCCAGGCACAAGCAGAAACAAAAAAAGGUUACACAGGCGCCAGCCCAGCCACAAUGCAAAACAUGAAGAAAAAAAAAAUAGGGCUGGAAACAUCACCUGCCUGCCAUGGGAGUAGCCUUCAGUGCGCAAGCUCUGCAGUCCUCCUGAGUAGAUGAACUACGGUACUAAAGCCAUACAGUGAAGUGGGGAUGUUCUACUGUAUAGAUUCAGAUAUGUUGUCUUCUUAUAAAUAUACGACUCAGAUGAAGGAUGGUGAUGCUUUGCAAAUAUUUUAUGUAAAAAAAAAAAUAAAAAAUUCUCCCUGCGACAAGUGGCUGAAAACAAUUAAAUCAUACCAUUAUUAAUUUAUUAUUAGUUAGCUGUAGAGAUAGCCAACCAAUCCAUAAAAAAAAUCAUGCCCAUAUAAAACAAUCUGUCAUUGAUACUUUCAGGUCCAUAGUACAGUAAAAUACAGCAGUCACUCUGGAUUUACAUGACAUGUAAUUAUGGAAAAUAUGCAAACUGUGUGUGAAGGGCUUCAUGUUAACUGUAAUGUUGAUGACUCUGACAACAUGGCUAUUAUUUGUUUGGUAAAUGACCUUAUGUUGAAACUUACUUGGGAUUUGUUUCCACUUGGCUGUGUUUUGUUUUUUUUGAAAAGCGUAUUUUACCCAUUACAAACACAUCUAAAUGCAUAAAGAAACACGUGUAUAUUAUAUAUAUAAUAUAAGUAUAUAUUGUAUAUCCUUUUUUGUAAAAGCUGUUUUGAGCUACAAAUGUAUGGAUGCAAUGCAUCAUGGGUUAUUGAACAAGACGUAAAAAAUACAAUGAUUUGUACCCACAAAGAUAUGAUUGCAGGAAAUGAAAUAAAUCUUCC